UACAUACAUACAUAUAAACGUCUUUAUAAAUGAUCAAAAGUUAUGUUCAGUAAUUUGCCACUUGUUUCCCGAACCCCGUGGCGAAAUUUGGAAGUAAUUCAAAUGAAAUCGCCAUUGCUGACAGAUGAAGAGGACAAAAGUGAAUAUUGCAAAAAAUACGCCAUUAUUUGGAUAAUACUAUCUCUAGCCAUUAUUGGCAUUUCAUUCGGUUUGGUUUUUGGAUUGAGAAAUAAACAAAAUGAGCCAUUAAAACUGGGAUAUGGAGCCGUAGUAUCAAAUGGUGAUGGUUGCGCCGACAUUGGAGGCAAAAUAUUAAGUGACGGUGGGUCUGCAGUGGAUGCGGCCAUUGCGACGUUGUUGUGUGAAGGCGUUAUGCUGCCUCAUAGCAUGGGUGUAGGUGGAGGGUUUGUUGCAACAAUUUACACCAAAGAAACCGGCAAAGUGGAGACACUAAUUGCGCGCGAAACUGCACCGGCUUUGUCAGAUCAGAACAUGUUCAUCAACAAACAUAUAACCGGCGCCAUUUCAGCAGCUGUACCAAGCGAAAUUUUCGGAUAUUGGCGUUUACAUAGCAAAUUUGGGAAGCUGCCGUGGAAGGUGUUAUUCGAACCGACCAUUGAAUUGUGCUUUAAAGGUCUUAAAGUCUCAAAAUAUCUCUCAAAUGUACUGACCCUGUAUGCCGACCGUAUACGUAACGAACCCUCAAUGGCCGAAAUAUUUAUUAAUCCUGAAACGAAUGAUCUUUACAAAGAAGGUGAAGUAAUGUAUCGCCGGAAAUUGGGCGAAACGUUGAGGAUGGUGGCUGAAGAGGGCCCAGAGGUAAUUUACAGAGGUGGCAUAAUUGGAAAACUACUCGUACAUGAUAUACAAGAGAUGGGUGGAAUCAUAACGGAGGAGGAUUUGAGAAAUUACGAAGUACGUUGGGAAGAUUCAGUUGAAGUACAUUUUGAGCGAGGUUACACCUUACAUACCACUCCCUUGCCUACUAGCGGUGCUGUACUUGCCUUCAUUCUCAACGUCAUGGAACCGAUGUACACUGCAAAUGAAACUGUGUUUUGGCAGCGAUUGGUCGAGACUUUCAAGCAUGCAUACGGGCACCGAACUUCCCUAGGCGAUAUACACUAUGAGCCGGAUGUGGCUGAAACCUAUAAUAAUUUGCUUAGCUCCAGUUUUGCGGCCGAGAAUAGAAAACUUAUUUGUGAUGAUCGGACGUGCGCGGAUUUUGCUUUCUACGGUGCAAAUUUUACAAAUGAAGACGACAAAGGAACGGCAAACAUUGCAGUAUUAGCACCAAACGGUGACGCGAUCGCUAUAACCAGUACGGUAAACAGUCACUUUGGUUCCAAAGUUCGAUCUCGUCAAACAGGCAUAAUACUUAAUGACGAAAUGGAUGAUUUCUCCACACCAGGGCUGAUAAACACUUACGGGAUUCCUUCCUCACCUUCAAAUUAUAUCAAACCGGGCAAGCGUCCUAUGAGCUCCACAUGCCCCAGUAUAGUGCUGGAUCAAAAUGGCGAUGUGAAAUUGAUGAUUGGCGGUGCUGGAGGAUCGCGGAUCACUACUUCUGUUGCUCAGUCCAUACUACGUUAUUUUAUGUUGAACAAUACUAUACAAGAAUCUCUUGACGCUGGGCGUGUACAUCAUCAACUGGCACCUAUGCAAGUGGACGUCGAACCUGAGGUGCCAGAGUACAUUAACAAUUAUUUGCUGAAAGUGGGACACGACAUUAAUUUUUUGCCUAAAGAUAAAGCCUAUUCUGCACUGACGGCGAUCGGUCUUAAAACUGAAGAGCCCCAACCAGCUUGUGAUCGUCGACGGGUAGGCAGUUGGAAAGUGGUUUACCAGCCGUUUAGUGCUUAAGAACUUACGUUGUUUGUAGUGCUCCCAAAUCGUUAGUUUUUUUUAAAUCGUUCAGAACGUUUUUCAAAUUCAAAAGAAAUGCUACGCAUACAAUUCAGUUUCGCGAAAAACUCACCUAUCCGCAACUAAGCAUAACUCGAUGCAUGAAAUAAUAUUAAUAGCAUUUGAACACGACCUCCAAAGCACGAUGAUCAUAAAUAAUUUUUUUUAUUAAGCUUGUAAUAUGCUUUGAAAUUAAAGUAUUAUUUUUGAUAAUUUUUAUAUAUGUAUAAA